UUUCCCCAGCAGCUUCUAUUUCUUUGUUUCCUUCUUCAUUCCUAAAUCCGACAAGCCUGCAUCGUGGGAGUGGGCUGCACAGCCAUAAUGAGUCCCGCGAAUACGUCUCAGGCAUCCGCGGCUCGCACUUGCAGCAGCAGCAGUAGCAGCAACGAGUGCGACAGCAACAGCAGUCGACAACGCAGGGUGCCUCGUCGCCGGCGCGCCGCGGCCGCGGCGCCUCUGCUGCUGCUGCUCUGCGCGCUCGUCGCGGCGCCGGCGCCGCCGCGCGCGCUCGCCCAAGGCCGCGCCCUGACGCAACAGCAGUCCGACGGCGGCAGUAGCAGCAGCAACAACAGCAGCAGCAGCAGCAGCAGUAGCGACGGAAGCGGGGUUGGCCAUGCCACGUCGGCUCGCGCUGGCAGAGGCGGCGGCGGCGGCGGCCUCGGCGCCUGGUCGGACCCAAACGCCAACUUCACAGUGCCUGUGACGGCGCGCGCUUUCAGAUUCGGCGCGGCGGGCGAGGCGGUGACGUUGCCCACCAAUCACUGUGGCUACGGCCCGCUUACAUCGCCCUACGUGGCGGGCAUCUCGCCCGCUAGCCCGCUGGCGCAGCGGCUGGCACAGGCGGGGUGCGGCGUGUGUCUGGAAGUGGCGUGUGCCGAGGGUUCCCCGGGCUGUCUGGUCCCCUCCGCCGCCGCGGCGCUGUCUCCGCCCUCCUCGCACUGGGGGUCACCCGAGGUGGCGGCCGCCACCAGCAAUGUGCUGGCGCCGGGGCGGCUGCUGCUGCAGGUCGCGGACACCUGCAACAGCUGCGACCCGCUGGACCUCAACCUGCACACCGACGCCUGGACCCGACUGGCCGACCCCGCCCGGGGGUCUGUGAAUGUGACCUACCGCCGAGUCAGCUGCCCGGCACUGGGCCGCAACCUGUCUGUGUACGUGAGCGGCCUGCGCACGAGUGAGGGCGGUUGGCUGCGGCUGUCAGCGAGGGACGUGGCCGGGGACGGACUGGCGGAGGUAGCCAUCGCGCACUGCCCGCGGCUGGCGGCGGCGGCGCCCGAGGCCAGCGCGCCGGCGGCGGCCGAGGCGGCGGCGGCGGCGGCGCCAGAGGCCAGCACGCCAGCCGCCGCCGCCGCCGUCGGCCCUGCAGCCCCGGCACCCAAGGUGGACGCCGCCGACCAGCCCGCCGCCGCCAAGGUGUUCGGCGGCGCACCAACCGCCAUCGAGCUAGCCCUGGCGCAAUUGGCGGCGGCGGGGCAGCAGCGCGCGUCCGGUGCGGAGGCGGCAGAGGGCGGCAGUAGCAGUAGCAGCGGCGGCAGUAGCAGCGGGGGCGGCGGCAGUAGCAACGCCGGCAGCCCCACACCCGCCGCUGAGAACACCACCCCCGCGCCUGAGAGCAGCAGUGCUAGCAGUACUGGCGGCAACAGCAGCGGCAGCAGUGGCAAUAGCGGCAGUAGCAGCAGUAGCAACGGCACCAGCGGCACCAGCAGCAAUAGCAACGUCUACGGCACGGGCUUUGGCGGCGGCGUGACUAGCCUCAGCGCCGGGGGUGGCGGCGGCGGUGGCGGCGGGGGUGGACUGACUCCGGGGUGUGCGGGCACGCUGCGUGGCCCCAGCUGGCGUGUCAUGCAAAACACAGUGGGGGCGUCAUGGGAGUUCAGCGGCCUCCCGCGUCUGCCGCUGGACCUAAGGCUGACGGAUGUGGCGGGGAGGGAGAUCAUUGUGUGGGGCGCCAUUCCCGGCGACACGGCCCCCGCGCUGUACGGCACACAUGCGCAGUUCCCGCCCAUGACGGCGGCUGACGUGGCGGCGGAGGAUGCGCAGGCGGCGGCGCAGGGCAUCGCCACGGGUGUGGGCCCAGGCGUGGGGCCGGGUAACGCCGGCGGCGGCGGCAGUGGCGGCGGUGGCGGCGGUGGCGGCGGUGGCGGCAGCAGCAGCAGCGGCGGCGGUGGCGGUGGCGGCGGCAAGCGCUGAGAGUGCUGCAGGGGCUAAGCCUAUUCAUCACCUAUUCAUCACUCGGGUAGGGUAAGGGGCAGGUUGGCGUAGUCCUGCGGUGUGCAGUGCAUUCCCAGACGGCCAGACCCCCAUAUACAACAGCCAUUUUGCAUUGACGGAGACCCCACCUAUGAAAAGGGGGGCAGGAUUUGCGGCAUGACCCCGUGUGUGGGGUGGAUGGGCCGAUGAGGUGGGGGUUCCGGCUGUGUCGUGUCGGAACGUUUGCGUGUCGCGGCGUGUAUUACAUAACGUGUGACGCUGGUGGUUUUAUAAGAGUGCCUGCGUUUUGCAUAUGACGUUCAAUGAACAUGUGGGCCAGCACUGGUCAGCGCGGACUCCUCGCACCUAGCGCUUGCGCCUUGCGGCGAUAACUGCAGUCCCUAGGCAAUUAUCACGCACGAAGGUCAAAGGGAAGUGACGGCAGUUGUUUAGAGUUUUGGUUG